AUGAUGCUAAUUAGUCUACGAUGGACGACAAUGAUCUCUAUUAUUGGAAUUAUUGAGGCUGAGGUUCCAAAAAUCGACUCCUUGGUGAGCGAACUUGGACGCGUUUUUCGGAGUCAAAGCGCUCAAGCGAUCGCCGCUCAAUUUUCCCGAGAAUUUUCCCGAGAUAAAGACGAUUCAAAACCAAUCCGAUGGAGUAAAAUCAUGCAAAUUGGUGGAAAUCUGGCAGAGUCUCCCAAGUAUGCUUUAUUAUCAAUGCUUCCAAUGAUAGACUCUUCAAAAACGAGAAGUGGAGGUGGAGAUUCUCGAUCGAAUUUCAAUGUGAACGCCUUGAAAGCCUUUCAAUCAUUCCUUGCCUAUUCAGCGACUACAACACCAAAGCCAUCAGUUUCCUUCAAGCGAAUCCUCGAGAACACAAUGGGCGCCUCUCCACUUUCUCGAUUAGCAGGAAAUCUCUUGGACACAGUGUCGAGUCGAAAACUCGGCUAUGAAUAUGAGCGACCGGCGGAGAUGCUUUUCAAGAAAACUUGGUACGGUGAGGCUCUAGGCACAAUUCUUGGCGAGUCUCCAGUGAGAGGUGGGGAAAACAUGGAAAUCCGAAGAGCGCCGAUCAAUAAUCAAUCAAGAAAUUUCGGCCUGGCCUCACUUCUCCGUCCAUCACCAUUCGCCACUCCUCAAGCACCAAACUUCAUUAGUUCAACGACUGAAGUUCCACCGCUUGUCAACCCAUUGGAACUCUUCUCGCAACCACUCCAGAAUUUCAUUGGGAUCCAGAAACGGGAUAAAAGAGUUUUGGAAACUGGUCAAGAAGCAUUUGAUCGUUUGGUGAUUCACGAGAACGAAGGUGGCGGAUUGUUGAGUAAUCAAUGGAAUAAAAAAGGUCUCCAGUGGACCGACGGAAAUUUGAGACUCGUCAAUAUGAAGGGACGGGAUUUGCUUGGAUCUGAGGUAGCCGUUCACGAUCAUUCAAUUGAUAUUCCGAUUCAAUCAUGGAUUGAUCUCGCCUCGGGUCUUCUCACCACAGAA